AUGCUUCCCAGGCUUGCACAGGCUGCCCGGCGUCUCCCACAGCGACAGCGGCGGCCGUCAUCCAUCCUCCACGCCGUAAAUAUGGCCACUUUUACCCUUCCAGGCUCGGGCUCUGAGCCACCCGUACCUGUCCAGUUAACGUCAGACCUCUCGGAGUCCCAGCUGCUUUCUUUUCCAGCGUUCAAAAUCUGGUUGUCGACGCUACGCCACUCCCUUGCUCGGCAACGGGACCCAUCUCACGAGUUCCAUGCAAAGCCGUACGUCUUGCGAAACAUAGCUGUCCAGGCUGUCGACCAUUUCGGAGCCAGGCUAGGAUUUGUCAAAUUCAAGGCAGACGUUUCUACCGACAAUGGGGACAAGUUACCGGGUAGCGUCUUCUUAAGAGGCGGCAGCGUUGGGAUGUUGCCGGACGACCUCCCAGAAUCAUCCAACCCAUCGUCCGGCGAUGGAAAAUAUGCCGUUCUUACUGUCCAACCACGCAUUCCAGCAGGCUCCCUAACUUUUGUUGAAUUACCAGCCGGCAUGAUUGAUGAGCAAGGUUCUUUCGCUGGCGCAGCAGCCAACGAAAUACAAGAAGAAACCAGCCUUUCGAUUAAGCAGGAAGAACUGAUCGAUAUGAGCUCACUGGCUAUACUUGGUCCUCACAAAAAUAGAAACAAGGAGGAAAGCGAGGAGAAGGAAUCCUUACAGAAUGCCGUUUACCCUUCUCCUGGCGGGUGUGAUGAGUUUAUCCCUCUUUUUCUGUGCGAGAAACGAAUGCCUAGAGCAGAUAUACAGCAGAUGCAAGGCAAGUUGACCGGACUAAGGAAAGAAGGCGAGAUGAUCACGCUUAAGCUGGUGCCUUUGGAUCAAUUGUGGUUGGAAGCGUGUCGAGAUGCAAAGGCACUGUCUGCAUGGGCGUUAUACACGGGACUACGGAGGAAUAAAUACCUGUGA